AUGCCGCUGAAUUUGGCGGCAUUCAUUGGUGUUGUUCUGUUUGCCAUUGUUGGUGCUGAGGAUCCGUACAGAAGGUGGAACUGGAAUGUUACUUACGGAUUCAUUUACCCUCUCGGCAUUCGCCAACAGGGGAUUCUCAUCAAUGGCCAAUUCCCUGGUCCUGAUAUUUAUUCCGUCACCAAUGACAAUCUCAUUAUCAAUGUGUUUAACAGCUUAGACGAGCCAUUUCUCAUCUCCUGGAAUGGCAUACAAAAUAGGAGGAAUUCGUUUGAAGAUGGAGUUUAUGGGACAACAUGUCCCAUACCUCCAGGAAGGAACUUCACCUACAUUCUUCAAGUGAAGGAUCAAAUUGGAAGCUUUUACUACUAUCCUUCUCUUGCAUUCCACAAGGCUGCUGGUGGUUUUGGAGGUAUCAGGAUCCUUAGCCGGCCAUUGAUCCCUGUCCCCUUCCCUGAUCCUGCAGACGAUUACACUGUGCUCAUUGGAGACUGGUACACGUCUAAUCACACGGAUUUGAAGGCACUUCUUGACCGUGGUAAGAAGCUACAUUUUCCUGAUGGAAUUCUUAUCAAUGGACGUGGGCCCAAUGGUACCUCUUUCACUGUUGAUCAAGGAAAAACUUACAGGCUUAGAGUAUCAAAUGUUGGAUUGCAAAACUCGCUCAACUUCCGUGUUCAGGGUCACAAAUUGAAGUUGGUAGAAGUGGAAGGAACACACACACUCCAAAUUAGCUACUCCUCAUUCGAUAUUCAUGUUGGCCAAUCCUACUCCUUCCUAUUAACAGCAGAUCAACCAGCUCAGAACUACCUCAUUGUUGUGAGCUCGCGUUUCACCACCCCGAUCCUCACAACCACUGGCGUUCUUCGUUACAACAACGGUGGUGGCUCAUUUUCUAAUCUACCUACUGGUGGUCCGACAAUCCAAGUUGACUGGUCACUAAACCAAGCCCGUUCUAUCAGGACGAAUCUUACAGCAAGUGGACCAAGGCCUAAUCCACAAGGUUCAUACCAUUAUGGUAUGAUAAACACCACCAGGACUAUCAGGCUUGCCAACUCUGCUGGUCUCAUCAACGGCAAACAGAGAUAUGCAGUAAACAGUGUGUCUUUUGUGGCAGCUGAUACUCCUCUAAAGCUUGCAGACUACUUUCAGAUUGGUGGUGUUUUUCGUGUUGGAAGUAUAUCUGAUGCCCCUACGGGUGGAGGGAUGUACCUUGACACGUCCGUAAUGAAUGCUGACUACAGAGCAUUCAUUGAAAUAGUAUUUGAAAACCCGGAGAAUAUCAUGCAAAGUUGGCAUCUCAAUGGCUACCAAUUCUGGGUGGUAGGAAUGGAUGGAGGGCAAUGGACUCAGGCCAGUAGGAACGAGUACAAUCUCCGAGAUGCGGUUGCACGGAGCACUAUUCAGGUAUACCCCAAAUCAUGGACUGCUAUUUAUAUAGCACUUGAUAAUGUGGGAAUGUGGAAUUUGAGAACCGAGUUUUGGGCGAGACAGUACCUUGGACAGCAGUUUUACCUGCGUGUUUACACAAAAUCAACUUCAAUCAGGGAUGAAUACCCCAUUCCAAAGAAUGCACUUCUCUGUGGCAGGGCGAGCGGCCGGCACACACGACCCCUCUAA